AUGCCACCGAAGAGAGCAACAAGCAAAGUAGAGAUGGAGAAUGAGAUGGAGGACAUUCGAAAGUCGCUUAGCCAUAUGUCUGAGGAGCUGCCCAAAGUGACUCAACAGCUGGCAAAGCUAAUGGGACUUUUUGAAGAAGUUAGACAACUGAAGGAGCUGAUUAAAGAAAAAGACAAAACUAUCAAUGAGCUUGAAAAGAGGAUUGAUCAGUUGGAACAGUACACGAGGAUGGACGACGUGAUUAUCACCGGACUGAGAGUUAAACCCCGCUCCUAUGCCAAGGCGGCAGCCGGGGGGAGAAACAUCAGUGAAGAUGCUGACACAGAGGACCAACAAUCACUGGAGACACAGGUUGUGACAUUUCUGAUGGAAAAGGACAUACAUCUAGAUGCCAAAAAUCUCGCAGCCUGUCAUAUGCUCCCAAGGAAAGAUGUAAGAAGCAUGUCGUCGCUGCUUCGCUCCAAAUGGGGUCCGCUCAAAGACAACGAAGCCACCGUCGUCUUCUACAGCAAACAGAUCCUGGAGGGACUCAAAUAUGUCCACGACAGUCAGAUCGUGCACAGAGACAUUAAAUCGUAUAUUUCCAAAGUGGCUAAAGUUGAGUUCCAUGUUGAGAAGCAUCGAGGCUACAGUGUGCAGGCAGAUGGCAGCUCCUCUCAGCCGUCACUGUCUGUCACCGCCCAGACUUGA